AUGGUGCCGGCUCUGAAGUUCCUUCUGCUCCUCACCCUGCAUCUCUUGUGGGAUGUGAAAAGCUCCAGGGUCCAUCUGAACAACAAUGGGUACGAGGGUGUGGUCAUUGCAAUUAACCCCAGUGUGCCAGAAGAUGAAAGACUCAUCCAAAGCAUAAAGGAAAUGGUAACUCAAGCCUCUACUUACCUGUUUGAAGCCACCAAAAGAAGAUUUUAUUUCAGGAACGUAAGCAUUUUAGUUCCCAUGACCUGGAAGUCAAAAUCCAAGUACUUAACACCAAAACAAGAAUCAUAUGACCAAGCAGAUGUCAUAGUUGCUGAGCCUCAUCUGAGAUACGGAGAUGAUCCCUACACACUUCAAUAUGGACAAUGUGGAGACAGAGGACAGUACAUCCAUUUUACACCAAACUUCCUACUAACCGAUAAUUUGUCUAUCUAUGGACCCCGCGGCAGGGUUUUUGUCCACGAGUGGGCCCAUCUCCGGUGGGGAGUAUUUGAUGAGUAUAACACAGACCGGCCCUUCUACAUGUCCACAAAGAACAUGAUUGAAGCAACAAGAUGCUCCACUGGCAUCACUGGCGUAAAUGUGGUCCACAAAUGUCAAGGAGGCAGCUGUAUAACAAGGAAAUGUCAGCGAGAUUCAAAGACAGGACUGCAUGAACCCAAAUGUACAUUCAUCCCAAACAAAUCCCAGACUGCCAGGAACUCCAUAAUGUUCAUGCAAAGUCUUGAUUCUGUGGUUGAAUUUUGCACAAAAGAAACUCACAAUACAGAAGCCCCAAACCUACAAAACAAAAUGUGCAAUCGCAGAAGCACGUGGGACAUAGUCAAGAAGUCUGCUGACUUUCAGAAUGCCUCCCCCAUGAUUGGGACAGAAGCGCCGCCUGCACCUACAUUUUCAUUGCUGAGGCCCAAACAGCGAGUGGUCUGCCUGGUGCUGGAUAAAUCUGGAAGCAUGAGCGCGGGAGACCCUAUCACCCGUCUCACCAAAAUGAAUCAAGCAGCAGAGCUGUACUUACUUCAAAUUAUUGAAAAGGAAUCCUUGGUUGGCAUGGUCACAUUUGACAGCACUGCUAAAAUCCAAAAUAACCUAACAAGAAUGACCGGUGACGGCUCCUACCUAGAGAUCAUAGCAACGCUGCCUCAACAAGCUGGUGGUGGAACUUCAAUUUGCAAUGGACUCAGGGAAGGAUUCCAGGCAAUUACCUCCAGUAACCAGACUACUUCCGGUUCUGAGAUCAUAUUGCUAACCGAUGGGGAAGAUGAUAAAAUACGUUCCUGCUUUGAGCAGGUCAGAAACAGCGGCGCCAUCAUCCACACCAUCGCGCUGGGGCCUUCUGCUGCCCAAGAGCUGGAGACUCUGUCAAGCAUGACAGGAGGGUUUCGCUUCUAUGCUGCUGAAGAAGACAUAAACGGCCUUGUCGACGCUUUCAGCGGGAUCUCAUCUAGAAGCGGCAACAUCGCUCAGCAGGCUCUGCAGUUGGAGAGCAAAGCCUUGAAUAUUACAGGGAAGAAAUGGAUCAAUGGUACAGUGCAAGUGGACAGUACCAUUGGCAACGACACUUUCUUUGUUGUCACCUGGACAGUACAAAAGCCAGAAAUUAUUCUUCAAGAUCCAAAUGGGAAAAAAUACACAACCUCAGAUUUCAAAAACGAUAUACUAAAUAUUCACUCUGCUCGACUUCAAAUACCAGGCAUCGCAGAGACAGGUACUUGGACUUACAGCCUCUUCAAUAAGGAUGCCAAUUCUCAGUUGCUAACGGUGACAGUGACCACUCGAGCAAGAAGUCCUACCACGCUCCCAGUAAUCGUGACGGCUCACAUGAGUCAAAACACAGCGCAGUACCCUAGCCUGAUGAUUGUAUAUGCACGAGUCAGCCAAGGGUUUUUGCCUGUUCUGGGGGCCAACGUCACAGCCGUUAUAGAAGCUGAAGGUGGACAUCAAGUCAGUCUGGAGCUCUGGGACAACGGGGCAGGUGCUGAUACACUAAAAAAUGAUGGCGUCUACUCAAGAUAUUUCACAGAGUAUCAUGGAAACGGGAGAUACAGCUUAAAAGUCAGUGCCCAAGCGAGGAAAAACAUCACUAAACUAAAUUUAAAACAACAGAAUAAGGCUCUCUAUGUACCGGGCUAUCUUGAAAAUGAUCAACUUAAGCUGAAUCCACCCAGACCUGAAGUCCCAGAAGAAACAGCAGAAGCCACAACGGAAAACUUCAACAGAGUAACAUCUGGAGGGUCGUUCACUGUGUCGGGAGCGCCCCCUGAUGGCAACCACGCUCUUGUGUUCCCACCCAGUAAAGUCACAGACCUGGAGGCUGUGUUUAUAGGCGAUCAUAUUCACCUUACAUGGACGGCCCCUGGCAGGAUCCUCGAUACAGGAAAAGCACAUAGAUACAUCAUCAGAAUGAGUCAGCAUCCUCUGGACCUCCAAGAAGAUUCUAACAACGCUACCUUCAUGAAUACCUCUGAUCUCAUACCUAAAGAGGCUGGCUCUAAAGAAACAUUUGAAUUCAGGCCAGAAAGUUUUAAAAUAGGAAAUGGCACCAAAGUCUACAUUGUAAUUCAGGCCAACAGCGAUGCUGGCCUCACCUCCGAUGUCUCCAACAUCGCACAGGCUGUCAAGUUUAUCCCUCCAGAGGAACCCAGCUUCCCUGAUCUGAGUGUCAAAGUGUCCACACCCAGUUCAAUAAUUUUUUUAUUUAUUGCAAUUUUAUUCAUAUUUUAA